AUGGGAAGAGGAGUUACUAUAAGCAAAGUAUCUUUCUUACAAGCCAGAGACAAACAUGUGCUCCAGCUAAAAGAGGAAAAUUCUGAAUUCCGAAAUAGAAUACAACAUUUGGAGACUGUGGUCCAUAAAUUAGUUGGAAAUCAUCAGAGAAUGCAGAAUGAGGAAUAUGAAGAUGAGCAGAAUGGGCCCGAAAUUGAUAAGACCAGUCCUAAGAGUAUGUGCCCUAAACCACAUGACAAGUGCAAGCUUUUAGAUUGGUGUGGAAUAGAUGAGGUUGUAGCUGAAGGACGUUGGUGUUCUAGUGACCCAAAGGAGCUUGUAAAUCAUGCUCGUCUUGGUCCUAAUGCAAUGGAAGUGUUGGUAGACAUUCCAAACAAACCAGAAGCUUUUCUUUGGAGGCCUACAACUAAUAUGUUCUGUAUGCAACAAGCUCAGGGGAAGACAAUAGCGUGGCCAGCUGAUAAGGUGGUGUUCCAAAUCAGUCAUCAAUCUGACAAUGAAGACAAUAUAUCCAUGCAAUCGAGUAAAAAUAUGAAUCAUAUAAAGUGCAAGAUCUUCAAUUGGACCGGAAAAGAUGAAAUUGUUGCUGAAGGUCGUUGGGUUUCCAAUGAUUCAAAAAUGCUUGUUAAUGGCGUUCCUCUCGGACCUAAUGCCAUGAUUGUUUGGGUUGAUGUCCCGACAAGUCCUGAAGCUUUUUUAUGGAGACCCACGCCUGACAUGACAUCUAUUGAAGAUGCUAUCGGCACUAAAGUAGCGUGGCCUGCUGACAAGGUUGUAUUGGAAAAUAUCUCAAUUAACAAUGUGGAAUCUACAAACAUAUCAUCUCCUUCGAGUGUGAACAACUCAAAGAAAAAGUGCAACUUGUUAGAUAUUGGUGGCUCGGGAAAGAUAGUUGCUGAAGGACAUUGGUCUUCAAGUGAUCCGAACCAGGUUGUUCACUUCGUUCCUUUAGGUCCUAAUGCUAUGCGUGUUUGGGUUGAUAUCCCUAGGAUCCCUAGUGCAUCUCUUUGGAGGCCGACAUCUAAGUUAGAAUGCAUUGAAGAUGCCGUUGGUACGACAAUAGCUUGGCCGUCAGACAAAGUUGUUAUGCUUUGA